AUGCGAGUCCUGCUUGUCAUCGACGUUCAAGAAGCCUUUCUACACGACACGAUGCGCUCGGUGGAACGCUCUACGCCCGACUUUGAGGAAAGCAUCGACCGACUUCUCGCACACUACCGAGGCAGGCAAGAUCACUUUGUAGUCCAUGUCGCGCAUCAGGACGAAGACCCCACAUCGCUCUUCAACGAGACCUUCAAUCCGGGUGGCACCAAGAUACAGGCUUCGAUCGCGCCUCGGGCGGAUGAGCCAGUCUUUGUCAAAAAGACUUCGUCGGCUGCAACAGCGAGGGUCAAGGAGACUUGCUCACUUGGCAGUGCUAGACUGUCUACCAAUAUGACUCUGAUUGGUGCUCUUGACAUGGUACGGCCGCUACAACUGACGCUUGUUGGUCUUGAAUCACCACACUGUGUCUCGUCAACGGCCCGCGCAUUAGCAGAUCUGUACCUUGACAGAUCAAUUGCUGAGCGACCAGUUCUUAGCGUUGUAUAUGAUGCGACGGCAGCCUACGUAGAGCCUGCUGCGCCGGGUGGCAGCUCCAUGUCAGCUCAGACUCUUCACGACGCGACAAUGACUGCACUGCAUGCUGGCCACGCGUACGUAGUGACGAGUCAGGAUGUUCUCUCUCAAUAG